AUGAAACUUGUCCGACUUGCCACGGCCUCUGUGUGUCUCUUUCUUGGCCUGGCCGCCAGCUCACCUGUGCAGGCUGUGCGGGAAGACGAUCUGGUACUAGUCAAGCGUGCCGGAGCGCCCGCAAUCCACUUCCAGUCGUUCGGCUCGGGCGCGUGCGACCCCAAGACGCUGAACUUUGACAAAACGGUCAACGACGGGGCGUGCACCAACCUGCCGCAGGGCAACUACGGCGGCAUCGCCACGACGGGCGAAGAGAAGUGCGUGUUCCGGUUCUACUCGGGCGCCAACUGCACGUCGCAGUACGUCAGCUGGGCCGUCGAGCAGCUGCAGACGACACAGUGCAUCCCCAUCGCCAACGACGAGUCGCACUUCACCCUCGGCCCCGGCGCCAAGAGCUUCUGCAUCACCUGCGCCCAGAACUUUGCCGUGCUUGGAGCUGCGCACACCCCGUAG